UUGCUUCUUAGCAACAGCUCAGUCACGGAAUUGCCAGUCAUGAAAGCGGCACUGGUAUACGAUAAAUGUAUUGUACAAUCAAUAGGCCUUCUACUAUCAAAGGGAAUAUAUUUUCCUGUGAGGAAAAGAAUCUGUAUUUCUGAGGAAACUAUUGUCUAAUUUAGUCGGAUAUAUAUGGAUUGUGCUUUAGAAAAAUACAUAAAUUGUGCUACGAAAGGAAUAAAUCAUUUGUCAUUUUUGACUACAUAAAGAAAAAAAAUAAGAAUUUAUUUGUCCAAUAACUUAUUAUAUUUCGAAAGUUAACUUAUGUCGGACUUAAUUAAACUAUAAAUACGAUGCUUACUUGUUGAAUUCAGUAUAAAAAUAAUACUAGACAUGGAUGUUAUAAAGUUUUAGAGUAAGCGUUUGAUAUUUUGGACGUAAAUGUAUAUUUAUUUUUACUGAAUGCUUAUUGAACAAGAUAAAUAGGUACAUCAUUAAAAUGUAUCUUACACCGUCAAAGAUUUUGUUCACACAUCGUGACCCAGAAAUAAAUAGCACAACAGAGAGAGCAUUUUGUGAAAUGUCAAAAUCUAUACACAGUAGCACGGUAUUUCCCAAGCUACAGGUUGUGAAGAAGGACGGUUUCUAUUUUACAUUAAAUGACGCUAAACUUCAGGUUUAUAGACAUCUGGAGAAAUUAGGACGAUGUGGCAGCGUAGAAGUAGAAAAGAUUUCACUUAAAGAAGUCCCGGAGGGAAUACGAAAGCUCAUGACACCACCAGACACAGUCCCUAGAUAUAAAGCUCACAAAUCGAAAGACAAACAGCGAAAAGGAAAGUACCAAAGUAUCUCAACAUCAACAAGUACUGAUAUUAAUACGGAUGAUUCAUUGGUAUUAUCUAAAUGUUCAGAUGCUAUGGACAAUGAUGAAGAGGAAUCAAAUGUCUCUGAGAACUCAGAUAGUGACCACAGUGAUUUUGAAUCGUCAGACUGGAGUGAUGAAGACAUUAGCGACACUGAUGUUGAAUCUUCAGACGAACAGAAAGAUGACGAAGACGAGUCAAAAUCUGAUGAAAAUGAAAGUUUUAUUUGAGUUUUUAUGUAUAUGUGACAUGUAUGUUUUGAUGUUUUGGUUCCGUGAAUCAGUACACGUUUGACAAUGAAAUGCAGUUGUUGUUUUUAGUCAGCGUGUGUAAAUAAUUGCUAAAUUACUGAAAGUGUAGUUCAAAUAUUUAUAAACUAUUACCCGAACUGAAUAAUCCAAAUGAACCGCGCCAUGAGAAAACCAACAUAAUGGCUUUGCGACCAGCAUGGAUCCAGACCAGCCUGCGCACCCGCGCAGUCUGUUCAGGAUCCAUGCUGUUCGCUUUCAAAGUCUAUUGGAAUUAGAGAAACUGUUAGCGAACAGCAUGGAUCCUGACCAGACUAGUCGCAAAGCCACUAUGUUGGUUGGUUCUCAUGGCGCGGCUCAAAUAGUGUUUCGUCAACGAUUUGUUUUUCUAUGGAACAGAUAUUGCUGCUAUUUAUAUAUUUUGCCAAAAUGGUUUGUUAGAUUUUUUAAAGAUAUUCUUACAGUAAGAGUUAUUUCAUAUAUCGUGUGUAUGAGUGCUUUAUGUAAAUACAAAUGCACAUGUAAAUGUGUUUGGAAAUUGACGUUUUUGUCAAAAAGGAGAAAAAUAUGAUAAAAUUGAUAAGUGAUUAUUCUUAUAUUAAAAUUCUAAAACAG